UAGGUGAUUUUUUGUCAAAUUAGGUGAUUUUAAUUCCAUUUGUCGAGCUCGCGAGUGCGAUAAAUAAUGCUCACGAAAGAUACAUUGAUAUAUGGUGCAAUUAAACAUAUCUCAACAAAGACAAUUUAUUUUCUCCCUUCCCCUGGAUUGAAACUUGCAAGCUGUCAAGGAACGCUGUUUUAUUUUCUAAAGUUCUUAGACUGACUGAUUUUAAGAAAAAAAAUCACUUUUAAACUGAAUGCCACAAAUUGCGCGGGAAACGUAAUCGACUGUUCCCACUGCAGAUGUCAUUACUUUGGACAUCUAUACUUAUGAAAAUUAUACACCACUUUAUCAGAACAACUGUCAUAGCACAGGUUGUGUUAUGAGUACACUAUAAACCAAAUUCCUUUAGUUUGAUUCGCUGAACUGUCUUUGUCGAAAAGGGAAAGAUUCAAUGCCGGUCUAUCUUUAUUUGUUGUUAUUUUGUUUAUCGAAUCGAAACCGGCUCCGACAAUCCUACAGGUUCAAAUUGUAAUUUUUCCGCCAGGAUAUCAUUGAAAACUUUAAUAAUAAUCACUGAGGGCUAUUUGAACUUAGUUGAAAGACCACAUCACUUUCGUCUAUAUUGAGACAACCUUCAUAUCCUUAUUCAACGUUAAAAAAAUUAAAUAUCGCUGCGUUAAAGCUAGCUGAACGUUAUUGUGAAUGAAAGUGCUAAUAUCUCAAGCGCGAUAAGCUCUUCAUAAAAAGCUUAAGAAAAUUGUUCUGCUCCAUUUAGCACGGGCCAGCUGCUCCUAAAGUACGAGUUUAAUACCCCAUUCAAGCUGUCACUAGCCAUGAAGAUAAUUUGCUUCCCGCGAAUAAACAUUUGCUCCCGAACUAUAGACUUUCGCAAUAAAGAGCGCGCGCGCAAUUUGCAUUUGAAUGGAUUUCAUUUACUUUGAUUGACGGCGUCCUCCUCGCGCGUGCCAGCCGUGCGACGACAACCGCAAACAAAGGGUUUUCUAAUUCGGCUUCAAUCCUGAGUCCCUGGAGGCCGAGCUAGACAUAGUCACUGGAGUAGUGACCUUUUUUGAUUGUUGUGGUCGAUUCUCCUACCACAGCGGUGUCAAUGCUCUUUUUUCUUGGAGCCAUUUUGCGCACAAAUACUUCGGCUUGACCUUUGAAGCGAAGUGAUGUUCAUUGUUUCAAUGCUAAUGCUCUGGGAGAUAUGUUUUUCGUGUGCGCUGUUUGCGCAGGAAUCUAAGCGUUAUGCUUGUUAAAAAGCGAUUUUAACUGAAACUUUUUCCUGCUUCAUCAUUCCAUUCCUCGAUCCCUGCUCCGAAACCGCUUUUUGGCGGGAAAUAUUAGCCCCCCAGUUUUGAUAUCUUUCAACUCGAUAUUCUAUGAUCAUUGGUGGACUAAUUAGUAAGGCACGCGCCGGUACGUUAUUGACACACGAACAGCACUUAAGACCCCCCGAAAAAUUACCAAAUCUUCAAAAUUAAUAGAGUUACUGCAAAUAUUAUGUCAACUGAACGAUGAUGCCACCGGAACAUCAUGAUUGUUAAAGGGGUCGAUGUUAUCGCUUGAGUAAACAGUCUAGAAGGUUAAAGUCCAAUAACAAGCAUAAAACGCAAGAGCAAUUGCCAGUUUAUAAAAUCUACCUCCGAAAAAAACCUUGCUUUCGUGUGCUACGUCCAACCAACAAAAUUGCGCUGGAUUUUACCUUUACAAAGUGCAAUGUCCACGCUAUAUUCAUUGACGCUGCUCUCUUUAGAAAAUGGGUGCGCCGUGAUGUAAUUUUGUCAGAUUCAAUUGUUCUUGUAACCUCUUGUGUGGAGCCUAUUCAUAUGCAAGCAGCUUUCACUGUUAACCUCUGCAGCCAAGCCGGUAAACUCAGAGAGUGGCUUGGUGAUUAAGCCACUAAUAUAUCUCAAGAGCUCGUUUAGAAGACGCGUGCGUCCUUUAAAGGUACUUAUACUCCAGGCCAUUAUUUAUCGGCUUUAGUCUUUACAGUAAACCAGUGUAAAGUUUAAACCUCCGCAAGAAGACCAUCAUUUUCAAGAUGUUUGCAGCUACCAGCGCACUACUCUGUUACGAGAUGUUUUUCGACGAGAGACUACGCGGACCUCAACCUAUGGAUUCCUCAGCUCGUCAAGAUUUCAUCACCACAGAAGACCUUUACAGUGCGGCUAUUCCGAACGACGACUUCUUGAAGAAAUUCGCGCUUCCAACGCCGCCCUACUCUCCAGAGAACUACUUACCCCAAACUAGGCACAACUUUGCUAUUCCACCGAGAAGGAAUGGCCUUCAAGUCGUUCCCGAACCGGAAGAUCUUUCGUCGGACCUACCUUUGGUUUUGUCCGAUGCACAGAUGGAACGCCUGACCUGUAGCACAAUUGAUGACGAGUACAUCUGGCCGGCUGGCGAGAACGACUUCGAUAGAGUUGAAUCACAGAGGUUUCAGGGAAAUCGAGUAGUUCUUUCGGCGGCAUGCGUCAACGAACCGAGCGCUGAAAUGCCCACUGAACAUCAAAUGAUGCGAGAUUUGUCUCCAUUUGUUGCUUCGAUUCCAAGUCAAGAUCCAGCACUUGGUCUACAACAAGUUGAUAGGUGGCACUCGCAGUUCUCAGUGGAAAAUCCGGCGUUGAGAUCAAAUCAACCCCCAAGCGAGGAAUUUGUUCCUCAUCGGUUUGACUGCGCGGUGUCGAAGAAAACGCGCAAGUCGCGAAGAUCAAGUCGCCAGGAUUCACCGCCAAUGGAGGGCGAUGAUUCUGAAGACAACGAAACAAGCAGGGCAACUCAUAACGUCCUCGAACGGCAGAGAAGGGAAGAUUUAAAAUGCCGUUUUCAAUUUCUUAGAGACAGUAUACCAGAGCUCGAAGAUAAUGAUCGAGCAUCUAAAGUUUUAAUCUUGAAAAAAGCGCGGGAGUACGUGCGUCAGUUAUUCUUAGAAGAAGAACGUUUACGUGCUGAUAAAGAGUUGGAGCGCCAGAGGAGACUUAUACUCCUUGAGCGCCUCAGUUGUUUACGGCAAGGUUAUGGUGUAAUGUAGAGGAUUUCAAAAGUUAACUGCUGUUAACUGUAAACUUUAGGCCAUAGUUUUUUUUUAAUGAAGAAUUAUUCUACAAGUCAAAAAUCGCAACUUGUUCCGUCGUUCACGUACAAAAUAUUUUUUUUUUAUGCUACAGUCUAAUGUUGCUACUUUGCCGUGCAACGGAUAUCAAGAGUUAAUACUCAGAUUAAUUCGCGUUUUAUAACUACAGAAUGAACUUGAUUGAUAUAAAUAUAUGAUACAGCCAUUCACAACCGACGUGUUAAAUUAUUAAGCACGGGUAGAAGUCUGUAGUGAAAAUAUCUCUAGUCUUUGAUAGUCUUGCAGAGGCAAAUCCAAACUCAAACAUCUCUUUUAAUCGAUAGAGGGUUUCAAACUCCACCUAUAAGUCACUUUUAAUAUUAUAUUGUGUAACUGAUUCUCCCUUUUUGGUGGUCAACGUUUUACUCAAAGUAAUUUUUCACAUCCAAUAUUCCGGUAAAAUUAUAGACUCUGACUUUACAACGAAGUGAUCUUAGGAACUGGACUUGAUAUAUUAGAAUACUUUUGUUUUCAAGUAAAACCUGCGACAAAUGUAGACUGAAAAAAAUUCACACAAGACAAAAACAGUCGUUCGUUUUUCAAGCAACACGUCCCGACAUGGAAAAUUUAGAAAAGGUGGGGAUCAUAUUCUGAAGUUUCUCCGUCAAUAUCUGCCUUAUGCAAAGUAAAAGCUACUAUGAGAAAGCUUUCGUUUCUUUUCUUGUAAUCACAUAUCAUGUAAAUUCAGUUUUGAGAAGUUCUAAAAGAAGUUCUCCAUAUUUGUACAAAUUUAUUGCGACAAACUAUUGCUGUGAACAGCGAAAAAUGUAUGGAGUUGUAUCUUUUGUCUAAAGUCAGUCAGUGGUGGAUCGUUUCGUGUCUCAAGGAGGUACCAGGUUAUCAUCCUUAACUAGCAUGUAAUCUGUACAUGAAACAAUUUUUGUAAUGAAACCCUUUAUGCCUUGAACAAUAAAUAGGCUUGGAAAUGUGUAAA